UGUGUUCAUAUUUUGAUCGCCUAAGUCUACUAGGAACACCAAUAAGCGAAAGGAUGGCAGUCUCUGUCUUGCUCAAUUCACUACACAGUGGGUUUGGUCGCUUCAAGCAACUAUACCUAAGUGAACCAAGAGAAGAAACAGUUGCAGAAUUUAUUCACCUUGUCAGAAAGGCUGAAAUAGUACUGGACUGUGAAGCCAAAGAUUUACUCAAGGCUAGAAAGAGACCAUUCAAGAAAGGUGGAAAGUCCAAGGGCAAUGCUAAAUCAAAGCAGGACAAGUCCACAUCAAGCUGUCUUUAUUGUGAUGGAAUAGGCCAUUACAAAAGAGAAUGUCCAAAGCUAAAGGAAGAUCAGAAGAACGGAACAGUCGUUCCAUCUUCAGGGACUAAGAAGAAGUAGAAAGUUAAGCAAGGGUGAAGUCGACCUACGAGUGGGAAAUGGAGCACGGAUUGCUGCAUUAGCUGUAGGAACUUACUAUUUGUCGUUGCCCUCCGGGCUAGUUUUGGAACUGGAAGAAUGUUUCCAUGUUCCAAAUCUUACUAAAAACAUCAUUUCAGUUUCUUGCUUAGAUGCUAAGGGAUUUUCCUUUUUAAUAAAAGACAAUAGUUGUUCGUUUUAUUUUAAA